AUGCGCCACUGCAACAAGUGCAAUAGAGACUUUGUGUCUGCUCGAGCGUUGGCUGCUCACAAGGCAAAUUCUCCGGUGCAUUACAUGUGCCUGCAAUGCAAACGAGAAUUUGUCUCGCCUGAAGCCCGCAAAGCUCACUACCUUGAGAAUGAAUCCCACCAUUAUUGUGACAUCUGCGACCAGGAGUUCAGGAGCGUGAUGGGACUGGAGCUGCACUUGGAAGACCUCCACCUUUAUUGUAGAGUCUGUGGCGUUUUCUUCCUUUCUCAAGCGGAGAAAGACGAACUUCAUGCGGCACGGCCUCAUUUCUACUGCGGCUCAUGCCCGCGUGGCUUCAAGACAGAAAAUAACCUUGUACAUCACAUGCGGACCCACCUUCCCAAGGGCAUCCAUUGCCCCGGCAAGAAGUGUAGUCGCUCAUUUGCGCUGCCCGCUGACCUUGUGCACCACAUGGAAUCUGGUGGAUGUCGAUCCCGUGUCACGCGGCACGAAGUCAACAGGGCCGUCAUUGCGUACGACCGUGUCUGCGUCAUCACCGACGCAUCACGUUUGCUCCUGGGCCCCGACGGCUCGUACGCAAAGCCAGCCGAUGUUCAGGAGUGGGCGACAGAAGAAUCCUGGAAUGGAUCAGCAUUCGAAUGCGUCUUCUGUCAUAAGACGUUCUGGCAGCUUGCGCACCUGAACAACCACCUCCAGAGCCCCGCACACGCUGACAAGAUAUACAAAUGCCCCGCUGUCUAUGGAGGCUGCGCUGCCCAGUUCGGAACUCUCAGCGCGUUAGUGCAACAUGCUGAGAUUGCGACCUGUGGCAUCUCGAGGUUCCAGGGGCAGGUCCACACCGUCGUGGAUGAGAUCACGAGGGGGAUGCGCAGCCUAGGGCUCUGAGCAGGUCCGCCACCAACAAAAUUGCGUGGUACGAUCUCGUCCGAUGUUCCUUUUUUGUGACACGCGUAUACUUAUAUUGUUCGAAUAUGUCUUCUUGCUGUCUUGAAACCUUUACUUUGAUGUUAUUGGUCGAGAAUGGGAAGGCGUCCAGCG